AUGUUGACCGCACCAGCCGGCGUCCUGUCCUUGAGCCCUGCCCUAGCUAUCUCUAUCUCCCAGUCCCAGGCCGCGAGACGAGCGCCCAGCAGGAGAACGACCAAGGUCAUGUUUGAUUGGCCCAACAUCACAGUGCCCAGCUCUUCAGAGCAGGGCCUGAAACCAGGAGACGGGAAUCUGCAGAGGUCUACAUGUGUUCUGGGCUUCUUCCCUGUCAUCUAUUAUAGCUCCCUCCUCUGUGUGGGAGUACCAGUAAACAUACUGACUGCGGUGGCUCUAUCCCGGCUGGCAGCCCGUACUAAGAAGGCUAUGCAUGUGUACCUGCUGGCUCUUACCGGCUCUGACAUCCUCUCCCAGCUCUUCAUUAUCUUCGUGGGCUUUCUGCUAGAAACAGCUGUGUUCCACCGUGAAGUCCCCACCCUCCUGCUGCGCUCGGUUAGCAUGGCAGAGUUUGCUGCCAACCACGCAUCCAUCUGGGCCACCGUACCCCUAACCGUGGACCGCUACGUGGCACUGUGCCAUCCGCUCCUCCACCGCCAGAUCAGCUACCCGGCACGAGCGCGGCGGAUCAUCACCGUCGUCUUUUUCCUGGCGCUGUUGUCAGGCAUACCAUUCUUCUGGUGGUCUGACAUGUGGCGCGUCGCCCGCCCGCCCACCUCCCUGGACUCUGCCCUCAUAUGGACACACGUGACGAUAAUCUACUUCCUGCCGUGUAGCAUCUUCCUGGUUCUGAACUUGCUGAUCAUUCACCGGCUGCAGGCGCGGCAGAAACAGGUCCCGUGCCAGGAGGAGCGUGGUGGUAGCGGGGCCCGGAUGGCCCCUCGGCGGCGCCUGGGUAAGAGCACCGCCAUGCUGCUCGCCAUUACCUCUGCGUUCGCCAUCCUUUGGGCCCCCAGGACUAUAGUGGUCAUCUAUCAUCUAUACGUGUCCUCUGUCCACAAGGACUGGCGGGUCCACCUGGCCUAUGACCUGUCUAACAUGCUGGCCAUGCUCAACACUGCAGUCAACUUCUUCCUCUACUGUUUCGUCAGUAAGCCAUUCAGAGCGGCCGUGAGGGAUGUUCUGCUGCUCAGGGGUGGUCCGUUGUACCACCGAAGGAUAAUCCACAAUCAGCAGGCCCCCGCCAAAGCCUCUACGUCCUUGCUGUCUAGCGGGACAAACAAACGCUCACACCGAGACUACCAACCGCACCCCCCUAACACCCUGCAGGGCUAACGAGACCAUGUGACCCUGACCUUGAUCCUUAAUCCUGAGAUGAGACCCCUCUAAUUGAGACCAACCCCCUCGUCCACCCCAUCUCUCCAUCCCCUCUAUUAUGCCAUUCCUCCAGCCCAUGAACAAUGUGACUUUGACCUUAACUAUGGGACCUGACUAAUUGAGACAAACCCUGUACCCUCUUCCCUCCUCUUCCCUCCUAUUCCAUCCCUCUAUCCGUCCGCUCCAUCCCCCCAUUCCACUGUCCCCCCAACACCCCAUCCCACGGACUAAGUG